AUGGCUGCCGAAUAUCCCGAUGUGCAAAAUGUGUUAGCAAAAAAAUCGCUUCCUCGAUCAGCAAAAGUUUAUUGGAUUGCUCAGCAACUGUCAUCGAUUGCUGGAUUUCCAUUUACAGUAUUUGGCAAGCAUAAGAAGUUUAAUGCAGACUUGUAUGCCGAUCUGGUGGCACCAAAUACCUCUUGUUCAUAUUUUACAGAAACCUGGCCUAAUGGAGCUGUUAAUUAUCCGAACACUUGUAAUACCACAAAUAAAGAUAUAUAUAACAUUGUCUCAAUUAAAAUCGCUAAUAUAACUUUCCCGACCACAAAGGAUCACUCGAAGUGGGCUGUUGCUGACCUGAUCAAAUGUGGAUACGUCUGUAUUGGUGACAUUAACAGACAGUAUUCCCAAAAUAAACGUGCGGGUGACGCAGCGUGCUUCCAGUAUAACCCAUUAUGGAAUUUGUACAGGAAUUUGAUUGAUGACUUUGAAGAAUGUCCAGUUUAG